AAAUCAACUCCCUACUCAUUAAUUGCGUUUUUCUUAUAACGACUUGUGUGACCUUCCAAAGUUUGGAUUAACAACCAGCUGGAAUGUUUGAGCAGGUUGGGUGAUGAGCAAGCAAGCAACAUGCCGGGUUACAAAUGCUUCCUAUUAGCUUGUUGAACAAGUAAAAAAGCAGGUGUUCGAUUGAGAAUUUCGCUGGCAUGGCAUGACACGGUGGUGCAAGCUAGUUCCUGCGUGGGUGGUGUUUAGGGAUGGUCGGGAAUUGCAAGUUAGGUUCCAAGAAGAACCCAACUACAAGAAGAUAUUAGAGACAGAAGCCAUUAAACGCCCGAUGGGAAGCAUCAUGGGCACAUGCACGUGUGGGCACCAAAAGAAAGAAAGAAGGCAAGAAACAUCUCAUCAUCUAACAAACCAACAGGAACCAGCAAGCAAGCAAGCAGGCAUUGAUGGAGAAAAGUAGCAGUACUACUGCUGUAGUGGUAGCGAUGGGAUGAGAUGGAAAGAAGCUGCCUACUGGUCUGGUCUGGGGAUUAAUUAAUAUAUACGUGGAGUAGGAAGAGAUGGGAAAUGUUUGAACGCGGGGCAGC